AUGGUUGAACGACUUGUAAUGGACGUUCAGAAAGAAAUGAAUCAAGUAAACUAUUCACAUUUAUUUACAAAAUCUAAAUUACAACAACAAAUCAAAGAUUGGUUAGAUGAAGAUAUACCAUCAUUCGAUUAUGGUGGUGCUGUGGUGGGUGAUGUCGAAGAAGUUGCAUUUCUUCUUGGUAAACAACGUGGUGUAUUCUCAGGUACACCUUUCUUUAAUGAAAUCUUUGAAUUACUAGAUUGUCGUGUAAAAUGGAAUAUUAAAGAUGGUGAGGAAUUCAAUCCUGUAAAUGGACCUGUUGUAUUAGCAGAGGUUAGAGGUGCCGUAAGAAAUAUACUGAUGGGUGAACGUUUGUCUUUGAAUAUACUGUCGAGAUCGUGUGGUAUUACUACUCGUGCUUUCGAUUUGCGUGCGAUAGUCGACGGCGUCAAGUGGCACGGAAAGGUAGCCGGAACUAGAAAGACAACACCUGGAUUCCGUUUGGUCGAGAAGUAUGCAAUGUUGGUCGGUGGUUGCGAUUGUCAUCGUAUGGAUCUCUCAUCGAUGAUCAUGUUGAAGGAUAAUCAUGUUUGGUCGGCAGGAGGUAACAUCACCGCCGCCGUAAAGAAAGCACGUUCUAUCGGUGGAUUCUCUCUCGAGGUGGAAGUAGAGUGUCGUACUGAAGACGAAGCUGUCGAAGCGGUGGAAGCCGGUGCCGAUGUCGUCAUGCUCGACAACAUGUUGCCACCAAUGCUUGCUGUCGUAUCAAAGUCACUCAAAACGAAAUACCCACACAUCGUAAUCGAAGCAAGUGGUGGAGUCAUUCCAGAGACAUUGGCAUCCUAUGCACUUCCCACCGUUGACAUUAUCUCGAUGGGCUCACUCUGUCAAUCGGUUCCACACAUUGAUAUAAGUUUAAAGAUACAAAAAAGAAAAUAA